GACAAACCAAUGAUGUUCAUUUAUUUGACUUGAUGGCCAAAUCCCGUGUAGGUCAGGCCCAUUCAACUCUUUUAUUUUAUGGUUAGCGGUUAGCCCAUUAGAUACCAUGCAUUAGUUUAUUGUUAAAUUUUUUUAUUUUUAGCAAUAAAAAGGUGUAUUAUUUUUGCCUUUCCAUAUAUAUUUUAUCACCACGGAGAAAUAAAAGGGCUUAACGAAAAAAAUUGACACUCCUGGACCCGUUUAAAUCCGCAUGUGUACGGUAAGUUGGCCCGUCCCACAGAGGAAAGAGAAAAAAAUUGACACUCCCUAUUCUACCCUUCCUACAAACGCUCAUGGAGCAUGGAAUUUGAAAUGGGGGAAGGGUUUUUCCUCCCUGCUAUUAUAUGUUUUUGAUUUAAAAAGAUACAACAAAUGUACUUAGUGUGAUUGGUUAUGUUCCUUGCUUUUCUUUAAAAUGGACAUGGUUCGAAUCCCAGUACGUGUCUUUUUAAUGAAUAAAAAAAAGUAAUUGUGAAGACCGAAAUGUCCUUCCUAUUUUCACUCUCGUUGCAGGAAAUUUGAAAUGAGACUCCCGUUUUUCCCUUCGGUGUAUUAUAUUAUGUGUAGACAAAUCCAGCCGUUCAGCAUUUGAAAAACCAGGAAGGAAUGGGCCCGGUGGUGGGCUCCGGGGCCCAACUAAACAGGAAGUUAGAAAUAGACGGCAGAAGAUCCGGCCCGUCGGGAUCUCCACCGUCGGAUCUCACGGCACCGAACGACGACAGCAAUAAUAACAAUUUUAAUACUAAAAUUAAAUAAACGAAAAAUAGGGUUUUCUAAAAAAAAAAAAACUCUUUCUUCCUUCCUUCCACCUGGAAAUAGUCCGCCCCUUCUCGUUUGAAUCCCUCCCUCCUUUCUCCCUCUUCUCUCUUGCAGACCGUUUAAAUUCCUCUCUCUACUCUCUCUCUCUAGGAAAAAGGGGGAAAAGCGCCCUUCAAAGCAAACUCAAUUGGAGAGGAGAAAGCAGAGAAUCAUCAACGUAUUCAUAAAUCCUCAUUUCUUCAAACCAGUGCCGUUUCCCCCAGAUUUGGAUUUCCUACUCUACUCGGAUCUGUGCAAAUGCGCCGGCGCCGUUGCAACUCCUGCGCGCAUUGAAGAGCUCAGUUCGGUGAGUGAGUUUGGUUUGAACUCUUUUUUUUUUUUUUUUUGGGGAUUUCGAAUUUGUGUGAUUUGGUGGGGGCGGAAGUGGGAGGGAGGGCGAGUGACUCUGGAACUACAGUGGUUUUUGGCGAAUCUGUUUGAGUAUUCGACUGUGCUAGAGUUCAUGGUGAUCGAUCGUGUUCUAGGGUUUGUAUUCAGGACUAAUUACUAAUUGGUGGUAGUUUGAUUUUGCAUUUGGAUUUUGAAUUUGUGCUCAAAGUCAACAUAGCUGUGAUAAUUUUGAAUUUCUAUUCGACCGCCAGCCUUACUGGUGGCUGCUAUGCUGCGGCGACUAAAGUUCAUUUCCUGAUUCCCCCCUCCCCCACCUCAAUCUAGAGAGUUUUCCGGCUGAAGAAGCUAGUUGAUUCUGUCUAUAUGCUGCCAAAGUUGUUUCCUUUUUUACCAUUUUUACUCUGUGUGUGGUUAAAUUUGUCUGUUUGUUUGGUUAAUUAGCCAGCGACUUUGAAGGUUUAAGCGUGAAAUGGGAACUUCUUUGUAGGGAGCUGUAUGAUGUCGUGGAGAAUAAACAGCAGAGAAAACGAUCAUAGAGUGGGGAUUGAGGUAUGCAGCUUUAUUCUUCUAACAAAGAACUAUGGGCAGUGAGAAGUCAGCGUCUGCUCCCUCGGAUGGGGUGAAUGAUAGUGUUCAGAAAAUCCGGCCACUCCAUGGGAGAACGAGUGGCCCUACUCGGCGUUCGACAAAGGGACAAUGGACAGCUGAAGAGGAUGAGAUUUUAUCCCAGGCUGUUCAGCGAUUCAAGGGAAAGAACUGGAAAAAAAUUGCGGAGUGUUUCAAGGACCGAACUGAUGUACAAUGCCUGCACAGGUGGCAGAAAGUCUUAAAUCCUGAACUUGUGAAAGGACCUUGGUCAAAGGAGGAAGAUGAAACCAUUGUUGAACUGGUCAAUAAAUACGGACCUAAAAAGUGGUCUACAAUUGCCCAACAUUUACCAGGGCGUAUCGGCAAGCAAUGUAGAGAAAGGUGGCAUAAUCAUCUUAACCCAUCAAUUAACAGACAGGCUUGGACUCAGGAUGAGGAGUUGGCAUUGGUUCGUGCUCAUCAAAUUUAUGGCAACAGAUGGGCAGAGCUCUCUAAAUUCUUGCCUGGAAGGACGGAUAAUGCUAUAAAGAACCAUUGGAAUAGUUCUGUAAAGAAGAAGUUGGAUUCUUACUUGGCAUCUGGUUUACUAGAACAGUUUCAAGGCCAUCCACUAGUCAUGCAUCAAAAUCAACCCACAACUUCAUCUUCUUCCAGGUUGCAAAAUAGUGGGGAUGAUAACGACAGCAGUCGAAAGUGUGUCACAGAAGCAGAGGAAAUAUCAGAGUGCAGUCAGGAGUCGACAAUCAUGGUCUGUUCUCAGUCAGCUAACGGUUUGGGGGAUAAUUCUAUUAUCCGUACAGGAGAAGAAUUCCAGUUAGCACAAGAAUCUGGCAUGGUAAAUGAAAGAUACCCCUAUACUGCUGUCCAUUGUUCCGAGGAGUAUUACACGUCUCUUGGAAAUGUCCAGUUUUCCAUUCCUGAAGUAUCUUGUGAAGCAGAUGGAUCCUCCACCGGCUUUCUCCAUCAGAAUUACGCUCAUAUGGCUGCAGUUGAUAAUCCAGCAAGUAGUGAUUACCAAUUCAACUUGGAGGAGCUUUCCAACUUGCAUCAUCCACUGGAAUUUGGACAAGGUGGCUUUUCAGGCAUGCCAAAUCAUUGUAGUAUCGGUGCUCAUGAAACCCAGGAAAUGGGAUUCACUGCUCCUAUUCCUUUGGAAGAUAUGGCAACAUGUUCAUCCACACCUGGACAACAAAUUCUCAUACCUGACGAUGAAUGCUGCAAGAUCUUGUUCCCAGAGGCAACAACCAGUGGAGACAUCGCUCCUCAAAAUCAUCAUAGAGAAGACUCGUCGAAUAUGGUUGACUUACGUGGAUCAUCAAUCAACCAGAGACCUGAUAAGGUGCUUAUUCCAACUAAUGAUGAAGAUCUCAUAGCAAGUGUUAUGCACUCCUGUGAUGGUGGUGGUGGGAAUAUGAUGCAAGCAGAAUCAUAUUUGGAAGAAGCUUCAGAUUUGCAGAAGACGAAUGAUGGUGGACUAGAUCAGCAACAAGGCGAUGAUACAGGAUCUUUAUGCUACGAGCCUCCACGGUUCCCAAGCUUGGAUCUUCCAUUCCUAAGUUGCGAUCUCGUGCAACCUGAUAGUGAUCUUCAGCAAGAGUACAGUCCACUUGGUAUCCGCCAAUUCAUGUUAUCUUCAGCAAACUGCAUCAGUCCAUUUCGGCUGUGGGAUUCUCCAACGAGAAGUACUAGUACCACCAGUCCCGAUGCAGUUCUCAAGAGUGCUGCCAAGACUUUCACGGGCACACCUUCCAUUUUGAAGAAGAGGACCCGGGAUUUACUGUCGCCUUUGUCAGAAAGAAGAGAUGAAAAAAAGCUUGUGAUUGACAUGACUUCCAGUUUGACUAGAGAGUUUCAACGCCUGGAUGUAGUGUAUGAGGAUAUCAAGUCUGGCAACAGACCGUAUUUGAUGUCUCCAUUAUCCAAAGUUAACCAAAUAUCUUGUAUUGAAGAUAAGGAAAAUGUGGACCCUGCUCUUCAAUCGGAUAAAGAAGAGAAGGGAAGAGAUUGUUCUACUAUCUCAGAGGAUGGUGAUACUAAGGCGAAAGAUAAUCAUCACAGUUUUAGUAAUCCCCGAACUCAUUCUGAAUUACUUAUUGGCGAAGAAAGCUUGAGUGAUCUCUUACUAUUUUCACCGGAUGCUCGAACUCCAAGGAAUUUGCAUCGAAGAAUCUUGGCUACUUUAUCAGAGAAGGUUGUGACAGCUGGAUCGUCAUCACCUACUGUGAACAAGAAGAAUGAAGGCCAAUCGUCGGUUGCUGUUACUGCAACGAAACCCGUGCCCUCAUUAUCAGCACCUGCAGAAAAUACAGUUGCUACCUCUAGUACUACUACCGCCGCCACUGGGAAUGACCUCUUUGGUGGAACUCCUUUCAGGAGAAGCAUUGAAUCUCCCUCGGCAUGGAAAUCUCCAUGGUUCAUGAACUCCUUCCUCCCCGGUCCAAGGGUCGACACAGAAAUUUCAGUUGAGGAUAUGGGAUAUCUUCUGAGCCCGGGGGACAGAAGCUAUGAUGCCAUUACACUUUUGAAGCAGUUCAGCGAGCACACUGCUGCUGCUUGUGCUGAUGCAUUGGAAGUUCUCGGGGAUGAAACCCCUGAAACCAUAUCCAAAGGAAGGUGGUGCAAGAAGAACACCGUCUGGGACCAAGAAAACAACGAUGGAGAUCGCGACAUUAGUGGCUCCGUUUUGGCCAAUAUCUCUAAGGAAGGCCGAGUUUUGGACUUCAGCGAAUGCGGGACGCCUGAGAAAGGUAAGGAGAAAGGGAAAUUUUCUUCUACUACAGGUGCAACGAGCAGCUUGUCGAGUCCUUCCACUUCUUCCCACCUGUUGAAGAGUUUCAGAUAGCAGAGGAAGAAAGCCAAGAAGGGAAGGAAAACAGAAGAAGGAAAACAGUUUUAGGCUGUGGGAAAUUCUAUUGUUUAUAGUAACACCAAAAUAUAGAUGUAUGUAUGCAUUUUGUCAGGAAUCCGAUUUUCGUUAAGAACCUUCAAUCUAGGCUGAACUCAUUCAAUGUUGUUCAUCGCAGUCUCUCCCAUUGGAUUCGAAAGAAAAGAAGAGAAACCGAGUAUUUUUCCUUUUCAUUGUGUCUCGUCCAUUUACCCUCAGUCUGUUUGGAAUUAGUUUCGUCUUAAUCUAUUAGGAAUCAUUUUUUUUUCAUGGAACACAGAAGGGUAAGUGAACUAGUCGAGGAAGAUUGGAGAUUGCUGGUAGUAAGUCGAGAAGGUUUGUUUAAGAGGUGGUGGUGACACUAUUGAUGUUGUUCCUUGUUAGGAAUAGUGUGAUCAAUACGUCCAGCGAACAUAGCAAGUCGAUGUUUCCUGACAACAAUGAGGUUACUUGUACCAGAGGCAACAAAAGGAAGGAUGAUUCAUUUGGGGGGAAGAAAUGGAACAAUGAAGUUGCUGCUUUUAC